AUGCCAGGACUAGUCAUUCGGCUCUGUAAGAGCAACGAAAUCGGCAAAAUAGCUUCUCAGCUCCGUAUUCAGUCUAUACUCUCGCCUACAGACCCAGAGGGUGACAACGAACCCAACGUAUCUCCAAAGGCUUCAACAACUCCGAAAAGAAAGCUCGAAGAAUUAUCUUCGGCCCAUGAGGGCACGUCACCAGCGUCAAUCUGGCAUGCUCAAUAUGACGAGCAGUCUAGACCUGACGCCGGUGAUGAUAACUCUCUGGGUAGACUCACGCCCUCCAUCUCGGUUGAGAAAGCUGGAAGCAGGGGAUCACGAACAAAACAACCGAUUCGAUCUAGCAUUGCUUGUCUGAGAUGUCGAAGAUCGAAGAUCAAGUGUGACAAUGAUGGAGGCAACACCCCUUCCUCCUCCACCAAAACGAAACGAUUCCCCCGCAACAGUGAAGCCGAAAAAGAACCACAGCAGGAGAAGAAACGAGCGAGGAAAGUGGAUGAUAAACCCAGAUGGAGCAGCGAAAAGUCAGCCGUGUACGCAGCCGAAGUGCUCGCAUACCCCUUUUUAACGACGGAUCUAUGGGAUCAGUUGCUCAACAUUUACAAACUACACUAUGCCACAGAACUGCCUUUUCUUCACUUGCCAUCUUUGAAGGAGAAAAUGAGCAGCGGAUCAGGGCAGGGGAAAGAGUAUUCGUCAGAACUGAACUUGGUCCUGCUUGGUAUCUUGAUGCUUACAGCUCGUUUUCAUCCCGAUCUGGUACGAUAUGUAACGCAUUUACCAAGUCAACAUAGCUCAAAUACCCGAUCUCCCGCCUCAAAAGCCAAGUCUGGACCAUUGUACGCCUCGGAUUUCUUUGCUACCGCACUCACAACAGCUCUGGGCCCCCUCAGGGCAAUCAUGGAUACUUUCACGGUUGAAAGGAUACAGUCUUUCCUGAUGCUUGGAUUAUUCGAGUGGAGCCAAGAGAACAACUCUAGUGCAUGGAUGUAUCUUGGGAUAGCUAUUCGCAUGGCCAAGUUGAUAGGGCUAGAGCAAGAUGACCGGCGGAUGGCUAUACUGGAGAACCAGGCUUCCGACACAACCCGAUUCGAGAAGAAAUCACCAGAGAUUGCGAUAAUAAGAGAGACACGUAGACGGACUAUGUACAGCUGCUUCAUUCUAGAUCGUCUGAUGAGCUGCGGGAGCGAUCGACCGCUAAGCAUUGCAGUCGAUAGCAUGUUGAUCCAGUCACCAUGUUCUGAAAUGGCCUUUGAUCUGUCUCUUCAAGUCUACACUGGGCUAUUACAACCACAUGAAGGAUCUAGUCGGCCUCAGAUCAACGAUGAUAGCACGUUAAGCCGAUUUGUCAAGUUGAUUGAGAUAUGGGGCGAGAUUUCGAGGUAUAGUUCGAUGGGGGGUCGGUCACAAGAAGCCCAUCCUCCUUGGGACACCAGAUCGACCUUCUACAAGUUGCGAGAUAAGAUAGUUGCGUUCGACAAAGAUCUCCCUGAAACUUUCAGAUUAUCUCGACAAAAUUACUACCGACAUGAUAAUCACCAGGCUACCAACACCUACGUAUCGCUACAUAUGCUGGCCUCGGUUUGUCAUAUCGUUCUCAAUCGAGAAUAUCUUCCGUUUCUGCCCCUGCAAUGCCGCAGGCCUCAGGGGCCCAUAGCCAACCAAACUGUACUCAACUUUGCGCCAGAUCGAUUCUGGGAAGAGAGUGCAGAAGAUAUCUUCGAAUCAUCUCGUAACAUCAUCGAUUUGGUUGGUCUCAGCAAAGAAAAGCUACCUUUGUCCUCGUUGUCAAUAUUCUCCAUCUGGCUCGUUGGGUUCAUGUCUAUAUACGCUCACCAUUUUCCGCAGAUGGACAGGAGCCAUCGAUUGGGGAGCGAACAGGCUAAGAGUCCUCAAACUGAAGAGAAUUUAAGUAUACUCGAACAAGGGCAGGCUGGAAUAGCAUGUCAGGCAUUGCGGAGAGCUGCAGUUUACUUGCCCAGCUCUCAAAGAUACUUGGAUAACCUUGAGGCGGUAGACCGGUGUUUUACACAAGCCAAGAACUCGAGGCAGGGAUCACUAAGUCUUAGGCUUGGCGGAGUUGGCCACGGGAGUGAACCUUACCAGACAGGAUCGCAAGAUAGACAGCACCGAGGAGUAUACGAUGCGCAUCGCAAAAGUAUAAGCCCUAUGUCAGUGUCUCCGAAGAUGAGAAACUCGCCACGACCCAUACUAGAGGAACCCUCCAAGCCCAACUCUUCAACGUCAAAGAGCCAACUCUCGCUGCCUGGGGUUGACGAAGAACUAUUAGCGAUGGACACACCAAAGCUCUUAUUGGAUAAUGUCGAGAUCUUGGAGUCGGGACGGAUGAGUUGGAUAUUGGAUGAUUUGGAGGGCUUCUCAGGCGCCGGUUCUCUGAGAGUUACCUUGCCGAAUCGAUAG